UGGCAGUGCUGGCAUCUGCAUCAAAGAAUAGAUUCUGAAUACAUGUUUACGUGUUUAACAGUCGGAAAAUUUAUGUUCAGAAUUUUAUAUGUUCAUUUAAUUUGACGGACAUUGAAGUUUAGUAAGCUAUUUUCUUGGACGUGAAGACGAAAGUCAAUUCAUUAUAUUUGAUAAUGGAUUUUUUCAACAGGAUUCCUACUCAUAUGGACUUUGAGGGUCAAGCUAGGGCUGAAAAAUUGUCCAGGAUUAUAAUAACUCUAUUUGGAGCUGUUGGAUUGAUUUGGGGAUACAUAAUCCAACAGUUUUCACAAACUGUUUAUAUACUGGGUGCAGGAUUUGUCUUGGCUGCUCUGCUAACAAUUCCUCCAUGGCCACUCUACAGAAGAAAACCAUUGAAAUGGCAGUCAUCCAAGAAUGGGAAUGAAGGACAGAAUAAAGAAACUUCAAAGAAAGGAAAAAAGAAAUAAUAAUGUCACUUUUAAUUUUGUUCAUAGUUGUGGUGUGCAAUUAUAAAACUCUUUUUGUAUGUGCUGUAUAUUCUUGUGCAGUUUUUCUUAAUGAAUCUGCAAAUGCCUUGGUGAUGUAUAUAGGAAUUCAACAAUGAAUAUUAUACCUAGGAGUAAAUUUUAAUUAUGUUCCUCCAUAACUUCCUUAUUCAAUCUAUCAAGGUACCUUAUCAACAAGCAAAUGACCUUGGAGGCUGUGACGUCAGCCACCGUUAGAUGCCUAAUCUCGAUUUAUCGACCUUCCCAACUCGAGAGUUCCAGACUUUGAUGACUCGAGAUUUUGAAGAAAAUUGAGUGACCCUUCCAGAACUUAGUAUAAAUGAGAUGUCACAUGAAUAAAAAGUUUG